AUGGUGAAUGAAGUAAGAUAUGCAAUUAGUGAAUUUGUCAAAUAUUUUCAUGCUAACAUCACCAAAUACAAAGAAGAAGGUAUUGAUAUUGACAGUGAUAUUGUUUCAAGCUUCGAUUUAUUUGUCGGCAUUACUACCAAUAUUAAAAUGCAAUAA